AUGUUAAAAAAAAUAGGAUAUGUUUUAAAGAGUAUAAAUAUAAAUAUAAAAGUAAUUUGUAUUUCAUAUUAUAAGUAUAAUAAUAAAUAUAAAAAAUUGUUUUUAAAUAAUAUAUAUAUUAAAGUAUAUGAUUGUAGAAAUGAGAUUAAAAAAAAUGAUUAUAUAUUAUUUAAAUAUUAUAAAAAAAGUAAGUUUUGUAAUAAUAAAGUAAUAAAAAUUUUAUGA